CAUUCCGGCCGAUACAAAGAUGUUCCUGUCAACCUGACUUGUCCAUGUGAGUAUUGUGGGAAUAGGCUGUGUUUUCACCGGCGUCUUCGUUGCUCGUCCUUGUCGUUGUUGCCGUGGGCUGCCAAGACUCAACCUUGACGUCGUUGCGGAACAAUUGGCCAGAUAAACAACAAGACAUUGCACUCUGCCUGCCUCAACUCGACUUCCGCACACCCUGCCCUUGAUGUACGUUUGCCGCGAUUGAGCGUUUCUUUCUGGCGUAGAGACACCAGGCCACCAUUAUGGUAGGCUUGAGGGAGCUUCAGCGAACAGCUGUCUUCGCUUGGUCGCCUGGCGCGGCCGCACCGUUCAUUGUUACUGGCACCCGUAGCGGCGCACUCAACGAUGACCUUUCUGACGAGACGAAGUUGGAGCUCUGGGACCUGGGGCUUGACAAGCUACAACCAGAUGCUGAGCUCACACCGAUAGUCAGCAUCUCGACCGACUCCGGCUUUAACGACAUCGCCUGGAGUGAGCCAAAUGACGAGUACCCACAUGGUCUCGUAGCCAGUGCGUUGGAGAAUGGAUCUGUAGAUGUUUACGAUGCGGCGAAGCUGCGUAACGGCGACUCAGACGCACGUGUGUCACGGAACACGAAGCAUAGCGGAGCGGUCAAGGCAUUGCAAUGGAACCCUUUCAAGCAUAGUAUGCUUGCUUCUGUCGGCGCGAAAGGAGAGAUCUAUCUUUACGACAUGAGCAACGCUGGCAAUCCUACAAGCUUCAGACUCGGUGCUUCUGCGGCAAGGGCUGAUGACAUUGAGUGCUUGGAUUGGAAUAAGCUCGAGAAGACUCAGCACAUCUUGGCCACGGGCAGUAGCGGUGGCUUUGUGACAGUAUGGGACGUGAAGCAGAGGAAGGACAUACUCACGCUCAAUAAUCAAGGUCGGAAGGCCGUCAGUGCGGUGGCCUGGGAUCCAGAAGAGAGCACGAAGUUGGCUACGGCUACGCCCAGCGAUCAGGAGCCACUCAUCCUGCUUUGGAGCCUGCGUAACAGCAGCGCACCAGAGCGGACGUUGAAAGGUCACGAACUGGGCGUGCUGGGCUUGUCAUGGUGCCUGCAGGACCCAGAGUUGCUUCUGUCUUGCGGCAAGGACAAUCAGACAAUCUGUUGGAACCCCAAGACCGGCGAGAAAUACGGCAGCUUUGCGGCCGGGUCAAAUUGGGCCUUCCAAACCAGAUGGAAUCCACAUAACCCAAGCCUGAUCGCCAGCGCAUCUUUUGACGGCAAAAUCUUAAUAACAUCUACGCAAGCCACGAAUACUAAGCCGGAGGACCAAGCUAGCUCGAGUCAAGCACUAGAUGGUGAGGAUUUCUUUGCUAAGGCGCAAACUCAACCUCAAGGCAUCUCCUUCACCAUCUCGAAGACGCCCAAAUGGCUAGCGCGACCCUCAAACGUCUCCUUCGGCUUUGGCGGCAAGCUGGUACGAGUGAGCACCGACGCUUCGCGGAAGAGCAAGGUUGUCGUCGAGACCUUCGCUAUCGACACAACGAUCGGCGACACUGCUGCAAAGUUUGAACAGCAACUGCAGGGCGGCGACCUAGCAAGUCUUUGUGCGAGUAAAGUCGAAGAAGCACCGACUGAGGAGGAGAAGGCCGAUUGGCAGAUCAUUGCGACACUGAAUGCCGGCAAGUCACGAAAGAAGCUGAGAGAGUACAUAGGUUUCAAUGAUAACAUAGAUUGGCUCUCUACCGAGGCAGAGAAGCCUGGUACGAACGGCGAUACGUCGAGGCCGAAGACAAACGGCGAGAAAGACGAUUUCUUCAGCAGUGCUGGUGAUGAUGACGGCUUCCUUGCAAACCUGGCGUCUACGAAGGGCGCCAAGACCAACAAUCCUUUUCACAUGUACACGGGAAACGAAUCGGAGGCGGACAAGAGCAUAACGCGGGCGUUGAUGCUCGGCCAAUUCGAGCGGGCUCUUGAGAUAUGCUUACGAGAAGAUCGCAUGUCUGACGCUUUCAUGAUCGCCGUCUGCGGAGGCCAGGCGUGCAUCGACAAGGCGCAGAACGCAUACCUGAAGAAGAAAGCGAAGGGUCCGAAUUACCUACGUCUCCUGGCUAGCAUUGUCGGGAAGAAUCUAUGGGAUGUCGUGCAUAACGCUGAUUUGCAGAACUGGAAGGAUGUCAUGGUUACGCUAUGUACCUAUGCCGACGAGACCGAGUUUGCGGACCUUUGCGAGGCGCUCGGUGACAGGCUGGAAGAAGCCUUCCAAGGUGGCGAUCAGUCGAAGUCCUUGAGGAGAGACGCCUCGUUCUGUUAUCUAGCAGGCUCGAAGCUGGAGAAAGUUGUCCUCAACUGGGUGGAAGAGUUACAGGAGCAAGAGAAGUCUGCGCUUCAAUCGUCGGACAGCGAAAACACAUUCUCGGUGCACGCACGAUGUCUGCAAAGCUUUGUUGAGAAGGUCUCCGUUUUCCGCAAAGUCGCGAGCUUCAGAGAUACACAGCUACAAGCCGCGAACGAGUGGAAGCUUGCACCUCUUUACAGCCUCUACGCUGAGUACGCCGACAUUCUGGCUGCUCACGGUCAGCUCGGAAUCGCAGAGCAAUACUUGAGCUUGCUGCCAAACAAAUUCACUGGCGCUGACGCGGCGCAGCAAAGGGUGCGUCAGGCCACGAAGAAAGCCGCGGCUGCGGCUACGGUGACUUCACGACAAUCUGCUACGGCGCAACGUCCUGCUUCAUCAGCUCAAACCGCACGGCAGCCUUACCAGCCCGCGCAGCCUCUCGUUAACCAAGCCCGUAACGCAACACCGGGGCCUUACGCGCCUGGUGCACCAGCAACAGCCCCGGUGGCAGCAGUCCAAAGUCCAUAUGCUCCAACUCAGAACAGCUAUGCGCCGGCCGGCUACCAAUUGUCACAGCCUGCACCAUAUGGCCAGCCAGCCGGAUACGGUGGAUAUCAGCCGCCUCAACAACAGGCGAGCCUACCUCCACCACCUCGUGGUUCUACCGCUUCGCCCUCCAUCCCUCCUCCAUCUCAGGCAAAGAACGUUGGCGACUGGAAUGACAUGCCCGCCAACUUCUUCAAGGACCGGCAGCCGAACUCACGAAGAGGCACACCUGGCCCGCAACCGGUCAUCUCACCGUUUCCAAACGCCCAGCCGCCACAACUCUCUCCUCCACCGCCUACCGGGCCGCCGCAGUACGGUGUACCAAGGCAACAGACACCGUUACCGCCGCCACCGAAGGCGGGUGAGACGCCUGCAAGAGUGACAUCUCCGCUUGCAGGGCCUCCUCCAACGCAGCGGCCAUCUGGCUCUGCUGCUAGUCCUUAUACACCGGUGCAGUCUUCGUACCCGUCCACCGGCUCAACGUUACCGGCACCUGCGCCGCCUCCUGUAGCCAGAGGGGCUUCGCCGUACCAGCCGCCUCCGUCAACCUCUAACGCUGCCCCGUCAAGCAGAUACGCCCCUGCUCCCGGCACGCCAUCCUCUCAGAUUCCUGGUCAGCCGCCACAGCAGAGGCAAGUAGCACCUAAUCCUUAUGCAGCACAACAACCACAAGGUCCCUAUGCGCCGCAGUCGCAACCGCAGACUCCAUACGGCCAACCUCCGCAAGCGCAAGCGCAAGCACCUCCACCCGCAGGCCCACCGCCGCGUGGGCCUCCCAAGAUGACACAGACGCCGUCGGCUUCAGCCCAAGGCACUCCUAUCCGUGGCGGACCAGCACCACCAGUCCAGCCUCUACCGCAGUCAGCAUCUGAUGCGAACCCCAACUCAACCGAAAACGCCCAACCUCCACCAUCUUCCAAGCCGAAGUAUCCACGCGGAGACCGCUCGCAUAUCCCACCAAAUGCUCAACCCAUCGUGGACCUGCUCUCGCCGGAAGUGGCGCGGAUCAAGUCCGCCGCACCUCAAGCCUUCAAACCGCAGGUCGACGACAUGGACAAACGGAUCAACAUCCUCUUUGAUCAUCUCAACAAUGAGGAUCUGCUAAAGGAGGAUACAGUGCAGCAGAUGGUGGAGAUCAGUCGGUGCGUGCAAGGGAAGGAUUGGGACCGAGCUUCUGCCAUCUUCGCGGAAAUGCAGGCGGCGAAGCUGGAGAGUGAGGGCACGCAUUGGAUGGUCGGCAUCAAGCGACUCAUCAACAUCGGCAAGGCCACAAGCAAGUAGCUGCGAGCUCUUCUGGCUUGCAAGCAUCGAACAACUAGAGCAUUGCAUAAAAGUACCACGAUGUCUAUGAUCACAACCAUGAACAUGUGUUUCGGUUACUCACUAAUAGCGUACGUGGAGCCUGCGCAUGUUUCGGCACACCUUGAGAGUUUUCAUUUCUCUCACGUCCUGCCAAGGCUUGGUUCCCCGACCUCACCUUGCAGCAGCAGAAGCUUGCGUUGCUUGCACCUGCGCUGUCUCCUGCAGAAGCCUUAGUUUAUCUCUGACAACGUGUGGUUCUUGACAGCCCGUAGAGUUCUGUUCCUGCGUGGCGCCUUCCCAGUUUCACAGUGAAACUGUGCUAGCGGGCUCGUGCCGCUGCGUACCGCUCGCUGAGGAAACUCUAAGGAUGACUUGGC